UCUGAGCGAAUCGAUGGGUUAAUCGAAGUGUUUACAAUCGCUUGAUUUAGGACUACACAAACAGCAGCAUCCAAUUAGCACCUCAUCAUGUGACGAAUCUUAAUCCGAUGAUCUCUAUUUAGUAAAGGUUGGCAAAAUAUCUGGUGGCAGUUCCGAGAUCGAUCUUCCGCCGAACGCACAUUCGUCCCAGUGAGCGCCAGAAUGUUGCACAAUACCAAAGAAAUCGUGUUCCUGUUGUUGCUGUUGGCUUCCCGGCCCGUGCAUCCACUGGAAUGUUAUCGCUGCAAGAGUACCAUCGGCUGGAGCGCCUGUGCCCAGGCCGCGUUCGUGGAGGAAUGCACCGCGGAGCACUCCUUCAGGGGCAGCUACCAGUGCGUUAGCAAUCGUAUGAACAUGACAAUUUCCACCCUCCACAUUACCAUGCACUCUACCGGGUGUGGUUGGAGCGGCCAAGACGGAGCCAAGGCGCUUUUCCGAAGGCUCACCGCUAAGCACACGCACGCCAACAUCAGUGUCGAAGAAUGGCAAACCUGCAAUCAGGAUCUCUGCAAUGUGGUUGCCAAUUUGACGCGCGAAGAUCCAGUGAUUGUCGUUGCGGUGGCUGAUAGUUCGCUGCGGAUUCAACCCACGCUGGUGAUGCUGGGAGUGUUUGUAAUCGCUGCUGUGCGCAUGGUAAUGAAGCAAUAAAUCGAACCAACAGUGGAACAAUUUUCUCUGUGCGUUUCUUAGUCUACCGAAAGGAGUUUAACAUCCUUCCCCCCCAAG